CAGGCCUAAGAGCUUGCGCAGCAGAGACCAAUCUUCGGCGGCGGCGAUGACGGUGGCGGCCGCGGACAGCAAGAAGCACGGCUCAUCUGUCACCUCACCGCCUACCAAGCGCACCUGCAGCUGCGCACCCACCACCCACCCUGGCUCUUUCCGUUGCCGCCUCCACCGCUCCCUCAGCACACUCAAAACCGAUAAGGGCCCCUCCAUGUCGUCGUUGUUGCCUCCGAUUCCUACCAAGGAGGCCUCCUCCUCGGCAUCAUCGCCCUUGCCCACCAUCACCAACACGGCCGCUGUUGCUCUAUUGAAGGCCCAUAGGCAACCCCACCUCCUGGCUGCCACCAAGACCGCCGUGAAGGACCACCUCAACCGGCAGAUUCAGGGCGCGAAUGCUAAGCUCAAUGGUAGCAGGAUCGGAAAGAUGCACAAUGGCGCUUCCAUGGGGGUGGAGAUGCCCGCCGAGACCGCGCCACCACAAGGGCCUAAUGGCGGUGAUUCAUCAUCCUGCCAUUGAUUUGUUUGGGGCUUUCUUUCUCCGUUUUUUGAUGGGUCUGAUUCUAAUGUGUCUUUGAUGAGCAUUAAAUACACCAUUGGUAGUUUCUUGGAUAACUAAUUGUACAGAGACUUGGUUUUCUUCUUUUA